AUGAAGGAUGUUUUUGGUUCUAUUCCACUUGUUGCAUCGUCACAUCCAUCAUCGUCUUUCUCAAGUAACACGAAUGAUGGCAGUGUAUGUACAACAACAUCAUCAACAAGUGUAAAUGAAACAAGAAUUCCUUUCGUUCGUAUUCAAAAUUAUCAAAGAUCAUUAACACAUGAAGAUAAAGUCACGCGUGCUGAAUGUAUAUGGGCAAUGGCUACAUCUCAACUUGGCUUUUCAUACAAUUCAUCACAAUUUCUACCAGAAGUAUUUCAAUCUAUGUUUCCUGAUAGUCAAAUCGCAACUGAUUAUUCUUUAUGUUCACGAAAAAUGUCUUAUGUUAUUUCGCAUGGAACAGGUUACUAUUUUACUAAUGAAUUAAUUAAAGAUGUACGUAAAGCUUAUGGUUUUACAUUAAUUAUUGAUGAAACAACUAUUGCUGAUGUUCGUAAACAAUUGGAUAUUUUUUUUCGAUAUUGA